UGACACUAGGAAAGAUGAGCAGCAAGACUGGCCCGGAGCCAUUGGACCAGCAGUACGUCACUGUUAAAGAUGAGUUCGGCACGCCUCAGAUGGUCCCUGUACUGCAUCCCCGGUGGGUGGUUGAGGUGAACUUCCUGCCGUACGUCGCCCCUCCUGACCCGGCCGCCCUGCGGGAGGAGGAGCGGGCGGGGAUGCUAGAGGAGUGGCUGGAGCGGGCGCUUCUGUUAGAACAGGACCUGCGCUGGCUACUGCAGCAGACUCACAGCAAGUUCUGGUGCCAGACCAUCUUUGAUGAAUCCCUGCAUAGCUGUCUCAACUCCUACCUACAGAAUGCACCAAGGUCCUAUGACCCCCCACUUGAACUUCCGGCUGACCUGAAACAGCAGGAGGAGACCUUACACCGCCUGUUCUUCAUGGUCUUCAUGAGGAUGGCCACGCACAAGGAGUCAAAGGAAAACUUCUUCACUCCUAAGACGUUUGGAGACAUCUUGUACGAGAACUUCUUGUUUGACGUUCCGAAGCUGAUGGACCUGAGUGUGCUGUACGCUGGCGGGAACAUGGCCGUGCUCGCCAAGAUGGUAGACAACGUCUUCAAACAACAACCCAACUACAACAACGACUUGGCGGAAGUCGGGCCAACAAUAUUUGAGGUCUUUGACAACAUCAUGCAGAAGUGUGGGUUGGCAGACGAGGGUGGUUCGGCACCGCAGAAGUUGAGCGACAGAAAAGCCGCCCCUCUACAGGCCAUGAGUGUAGGAGAGGUACAGGACAUUCUCCUGUACAUGAGGGACUCUGCUGUCACACUGCUGGUGUUUCUGGAGGCCUAUCCCAGAGGGUGUAGGGUGUUCCAUCAGCAGAACAUUGUAGCAAGAAUAUGCAGUUUUUAUGAGUCUGUUGUUCCAGCAUUAGAGAUACUAGUGAUGGACAGAAUAUCUCAGGAGACAGGGAAGACCAACUGGAGUGAGUUAGAUGCAGUUCUCAGCCAGGCCAGAGGGAUGCUGGUCAAGUUAUGUCAUCACAUCGUCUCCACAUGCUGCCUGCAACCUAUUCUAGAAAACAGUGAAUCCCUGGAGGCUGUGCUAAACUAUGUAGAGGACUACCUCCAUGUGAUGUCUGCUGUGCUCUCAGAGAGAAGAUUUCUCCAUGAUUUAGACUGCCUGUUUAGUGUACAAGAGGACAUAGACCUUAUUCACCAGGCCUGCGAUAGUGUAGAUGUCACCAGAACAGAUUUUAUUCUCGGAGCCGUUGACCAGGCCUAUCAGUCAUUCGGCAAGGACAGGAGAGCAAGGAAUGAUGGGAAUGGACCAAACCAUGCUGCAUCGUGGAAUGGGGAGCUGAAGGCUGAUGGGAUUGGAGAGACACUUGUGAAUAGGGUACAGCAGGAGGAUUUCCAGGAUGAUACUGCUCUACAGGGUUUGGAGGGAGCCUGUGCAUUCCCCCAGCCGAGUGGAGUUGAGAUGGACUCACUCAUCAGUGCAUUUAGAGAUCUCCUGCCUGAACUUGGGGAGGGCUUCAUUAUGGCCUGCCUAGAGGAGUAUGGGUAUAAAGUUGAGACAGUCAUCAAUGACAUACUGGAAGAAAAGCUACCUGCCAAGCUGCAAAAACUAGACAGAAGUAUGAAAAGGCCAGCUGAAAAGAAGAAGGAAGAGGUCGUUGACAUGACCUUGCUGUCUCAGAGAGCGAACGUCUUCGCAGGCGAUGAGUUUGACGUCUUCUCGAGGGACGACAUCGACAUGUCCAAAGUCUUUAAGGGGAAACGAGAACCUAAGGAGGUGAACACCAAGAAAAUCAUGGACGAAGAGAAACCCAACCUCUCUUCUCUAAAAGAGCAGUAUUUUAACUACGGAACGUACGAGAAAGUUCCGGAAGAGGAGUUGAACGGACCAAUGGCAGCCCUGCGGAUGGUGGAUGACUAUGAUGAUGAGUAUGACGAUACUUACGACACCAACGAUAUUGGUGAGAUGGACGCAGACUCGGCUGACGAUAUGAUCAAAGAGAACAAGGCUGUCGAGGAGUAUGGAAGGUGACGUUUUGGUUUUCUUGUUUUUUUUACCAUUUUGGGGCCUUUCAAUGGUA